GGCCUAGGUGCCACUCGUGCUUCCCACAAGUAGUCAGUUCAGGGGAAACUUCAGCGGUGGCCGGGCUCCUGGGCUCUUGUGAUCUUUCAGAACUGUCGCUCACGAACCGGGGGCGGGGGCUACCGGAACUACCCAAUCAGAGGCUACCGGAAACCGUCGUGGCGAGUCACUCGCCUAGGCUAGAGGAGGUCGCUUCCUGUUAAAUGAUCUGUGUAAACACGUCUCACCUGAAGCACUUGAUGUUCCUCUCCCUGCGGAACUGUGACUUGCAGUGGUCGUGAGAGCGUGCUGAGGCCUCUGGGUCACCGGUGAAGCCGGGAAUGUGCUAUCACCUUGGAUCCUCGGCCAUUGGUUGUGCAGGGCAAGUGCUGUACCACUGAACGUCAUCCCCAGCCUGUGAAUUCUUAUUUCAAAGAAGAUGAAAUCUCUAAAAGGAAAGCACUCAGUGGACUUUGAGGAUGUGGCUAUGAAGUUCACCUUGGAAGAGUGGGCUCUGCUGGAUUCUUCACAGAAGAGACUCUACAGAGAUGUGAUGAGGGAAACCAUAAGGAACGUUGCUGCAGUGGGAGGAAAAUGGAAAGACAGGAGCAAUGAAAAUGAGGAUACAAAGCAAGGGAGAAAUGCAAGAAAUCUUAUGGUGGAGAAACUUUUUGAGAAUAAAGAUCAUCAGUGUGGAGAAAAUGUCAUCCCAAUUCCAAAUCUCAGUCUUACGAAGGAAACUUAUAUCUGUGUAGUACCAUGUAAAGGCAGCUUGUGUGGAAAAGGCCUCAUGCAUCCAACACUCAUUAGUGAGCAGCCCAGUUCUCAUGUUAGGCAUAGACCACAUGCAAGUGAGAAAUAUGGAGAGAAGCCAUAUAAAUGUAAGCUGUGUGGUAAAGCAUUCAGUUAUCACAAGUGGCUUCAGAAAUAUGAACAAUUUCAUACUGAAGAUAUGCACUAUGAAUGUAAACAGUGUGGCAGAGUCUUCAGAUUUCAAAGUUCUUUUCUGACACAUGAAGGAGGUCAUAGAGAGAAACACUAUGAAUAUAAAGGAUGUAACAAAGCCUUCUUUACUUCUGAAAGCUUUCAGAGACACUUGAGUCUGCAUUCUACACAAAAACCUUAUAAAUGUAAAGAAUGUGAGAAAUCUUUUCUUUAUCACAUAACAUUUAAGAUACACAUGAAUAUGCACAGUGGAAAGAAACGUUACAGGUGUAAACACUGUGGAACAGCUUUUUUGUACAAUUCAGCAUUUAAACAACAUGAAAAGAGUCAUACUGGAGAACAACCUGGUGAAUAUAAUCAGUGUGGUAAAUCUUCCAGUGUUUCCACACAUUUGGCACAUAAAAAAAAGAGUCACAAAAUAGAAAAGCCUUAUAAAUGCACAGAAUGUGGUAAAGACUUUAAACAUUUCAGUAACUUUCAAUUACAUAAAACAAUUCAUAGUGGAGAUGAAGUUUACAAAUGCCAGGAAUGUGGGUAUUCCUCUGUUUAUGUUCGGAAGCUUCAACUGCAUAUGAGAAUGCACACUGGAAAUCGACCUUAUAAGUGUAAGGAUUGUGGGAAGUCUUUCAGGUCUUCACAUGACCGUCGAGAGCAUCAAAGUACACACACUGGAGAGAAACUGUAUAAAUGUAAACACUGUGAUAAGCCCUUUAGUUUUUCCAGUGCCCUUCGGAGGCAUUUAAGAACUCACACUGGAGAAAAACCCUAUGAAUGUAAACACUGUGGUAAAACCUUUUCUUCUUCUGGUAACUGCCAAAGGCAUGAAAGAAAUCACACUGGGCAGAAACCCUAUGAAUGUGAACAAUGUGGUAAGACCUUCACUUCUCCCAGUUACCUCCGAAUGCAUAUAAGAAGUCACACUGGAGAGAAACCCUAUGAAUGUAAACAAUGUGGUAAGGCCUUUGCUUUUUGCAGUGCCCUCCAUAUGCAUGAAAGAAUUCACAGCAAACAGAAACCCUAUGAAUGUAAACAAUGUGAAAAGGCAUUCAUUACUUCUACUGCUCUCCACAUACAUGAAAGAACUCACACUAAGCAGAAACCAUAUGAAUGUGGACAGUGUGGAAAGGCAUUCACUUCUUCUGCUUCUCUCCACAUACAUGAAAGAGCUCACAAUAAACAGAAGCCCUAUCAAUGUAAACAAUGUAGUAGGACUUAUUCUUACCCCAGUGGCCUCCUAAGGCAUAAAAGAACUCACACUGAAAGAAACAUUAUUCUAAAGAAUAGAAUAGAAGACAGAUAAAUAGGAAGUGAGGAAAUCUUUUUCAAGUAGAUGGAGUAUCAAGAUUAAAGGAGGAGAGGGCUGGGGAUUUAGCUCAGUGGUUCUGCCGCCUGCCUUGUAAGCAAGA